AUGAACAGUCCUCUGCCGCUGUGAAGAGAGAAUCUGACUUUAUUGAUUACGAUCAAUCGAGCAAGGGCUCUCUGUACUAGUAACACUAGCAGACUGACACAAUUGGUUUUUCUGAAAUGAAUGAAAUCUUCUAACUUCUAUGAGUCUCAUCAAAUUCAAUAUGGCCACUAUGAGAAGCUGCAGGCUGAGAAUCAUGCCAGCAAUUCGUCCUGCUUCUAGUUUGGCAGUUGAAAAGCAAGAAGAGUUAUCAAGAAUGGCUUUGCCAAUGCCAUCGGUACCAAGCAGGACGCACAUGCCGUAGCUCCAACGACGCCACUCUUUAACACAGCACUAGACGAUGACGAAUUUCUGAGACUGAAACUGAAGUCAUCCAAAAAAUAUUGCACCAGGCUAUUACUUGACAGGUUUGGAGGUUUUUACUUUCGGCCAGUGGUAUAUAGUGUCGUGCUUAUAUUAUUACAAUACCUGCUGCUUGCACGUGUAGCUUGCAAUUUCGUUCGUGAUUCUCAAAUGUCUACUGCUAGAACUCCAGUUUGCAUUUGCAUUAGAUAGAGGUACAACGUACCUUGAUUUAGGCAUUUUUGUGCCCUCUGGUGGAAGUCAGCACCACCAGUGGUUGUCUUAUUAGUUAAGGAUAGAACCAUCGACGAUCCCACGACUCGCAAAUUCUGCACCUUGAAGUGCAUGAACAUCAAAAGCUAAAACUAAGACUAAAAACGUAGGAAAAAGAAAAAAAAAUGGAAGACCUGGAUGAGGAUGAAAUGUUGCAACUCGCCAUCCGCAUGUCGCGUGGUGAGAGUGUAGAGGUUCCUGCAGCAGUCCGAAUGGCCCAAGCCCAUAGUCCUAGUGAACGUGGCAGAGACCUGUGCGAUGCCGUCUCUGAUGCUGGUGGAGAUGACGAUCCGAUGGGCCCAUGGGCUGGAGGGGGUAUUGGUCCUUACUCUUAGAUGAAGAUAAGAAAUAAGUUAUAAGUAUGAACUUCAACUUGUAGUUUUUCUACCAGAAAGAAUGUUCUUCUAACCAGCGCUACUACUCCUAUCAACAUCGAUGGACCAGCAUAGAUGUCAUGGGUUACGGGAUUCAGCAGCUAGAAGCAUCAAUGAUGUAUGUGAUUUAAAGGAGUGGCUAUCCAAAACCUAGCCUAACCACGUGGCUAUAUCAUAAUGUGAAUUAGAGGAGGUUGUCUUUCUCUGAUAAACAUAAAACCAAACUGCACUAUCUCGCGCUAGGCAGCACAUUCAUUCAUUCACUCACUCACUCAGGUAAUCACCCCAUGCCGCCAGUGAACUCACCUCGUGGAGGACCGGAAGUACCUAGUGGACCUAAUAUGCUAGAACGACAGUUCGGGAACACUAGGAUGGAACCUGAGAACUUCCUACCAGCACCAGGAGGCGGAGGGCAUAUCCCUUUUGUGGGUGAGACAAGGACGGCUGAGGAACAGAACGCUUUGAACUUAUGGCAGGUUUUGGAUUCGUAGUUUUUGAUCUCGAUUUGAUAGGGAAUAAAGUAUGAUGUAGUAAGGACGAGGUGCUAUUGUGAUUUUGUGCAUCACUUCUACCUGCACCACCAAUUAUCGUAAAAAAAGCUGAAACUCCUGAAAUUCGAUGGAAGUGAGGCUUUACGACCACCUACGUACGUACUACACCCUCUAAUGUCCAACUUCCUGCUUCCUCAAUUUGUUGAUACAGAGGAUGCUGAGAUGGAAGAGGCUAUACGACAAAGCCUCCUUGAGUCCCAGGGACAAGGAGCGAUGGCGAAUCAACCUCAUGGGAAAGAAACCCCUAAGCUGCCGAUGAAUGUCGGCAAACAAACCGGUAAUUCUUUAGGUGCGACCGACCUAAAAAAAGCAGCAAUGGGCACAGCACCUCCGCCGCCUCCGCCAGUGAGAGGUCUUUCGAAGAGGGGAAGGGAAGAAACUGGAGGUACAACUUAUUUGGUGGUUCUUGAUUUUGCCUAUGGUCUUAUGCUUAUGCAUGGUUGUUGGGUAUUGGUAUAGUGCUGGGCAAGAUUCAAUCUGAUUGUAAUUGCUGUUAGAGAAAGUCUGCUCUCUAUUCGCUAGUCCAACAAGUCUUGUUGAACAAGCAACUACAUAUUAUAGUAGAUACAUGAACAUGAAUCAUGAAUCACCAAGGCUACAACCUCAAACAUGUUCAAAAUCAAAAUCCCUUCUCAGACAGCGGUCCCCCCUUGCAGAAGGCGACGUUUUUAGGUGGCAGUAAAAGAACGGCUUUCCUCAACAAGGGAUCCGAAGAGAUCCAAGAGCUUUAUGAUCUGUGCUUUGGCGAUAAUGCUGACCCGUCUGAUUUAGAGCGGUGGGAACGAGCCCGAUUCGAAUUCUCCGACAAAAUACGCUUCGGAUUGAUUCAGAAGUUAAGAAUUGGGAUGCGUGAAAUUGACCGACUUACAACCCGUUGCUAGUUCGUUUCUCUACUCAGCAACAUGUAUGGGGCGACAUUCUAUAUUUUCGUAAUCCUUUAUUUCCUAGUCCCAUCAUGUUGUCCGCAUAAUAUCCUCUCUAAGAACUCAGGGUGGCCCAUGCGGUAUCCUCGCAGCAGUACAAGGAACACUACUGCAACAGCUGUUGUUUGGUUCCGACGGUGCGGGUUCGUCAGGUAGCAAGACAACAUCCCCAGUAGGAACUACACCAGGAGGAACUGCAACUACAACAUCUUCUAAGACGCUGCCUGGUGGAGUUUUAACGGGAACUAGUCCAGCGCGUGGUAGUCGAGAAGGAGCAGCUACAGGAAGUAUCUCGAAUGAUUAAGGCUCAACUUUCAUUGGUCACCAUUUAGAUUGGAGUCACUGAAAUCGAAGAGGGCCCCCUUUAGAGAACACACAGCGGAAAAUGAAGGGAAACAAAGGGGAGAGCUUUGAUAUGGGGGUCUCUUCCGUUCAGAGUCACCAGUGACCAACUAGGAGUGCUGAGCUUUAAAAUGAAGAAGACGAGUUAGAUGUCUUGUCUGCAAGGUUGAGAGAAAGCUCAAACUUAGGGCAAGAAAGUCUACAGCUUCUGACCGACGAGAGACGAGAGGCCCUGCUGUGCAACGCUCUCUGCAAACAUUUGGAGCAAGCCAGGUGCCAAAAUUUUGAUAAUUUUUGCUGUGCUAGAACUCGUGCAUAACUUCUGCUGUGCUACUGCUACUCAUGGAUUUGGAUUGUGCAUAGCACUCAUGCAUUGUGUGAUUUUUGUGCAUUGAUGUUUUUUUCCGCACCUUGCUGGUCGUCGUGGUCGGUGUACUAUCUGUAUGUUGGUACUUAAAAAACUUUCAAAUGAUAAGAUGAAGAAGAUGCAUCUCUCUAUGAUAAGAAAUACAUCCUGCAUCAGGUAUCUCAGCAGCGACUUCAAGGUCGUUUCCGCAACGCGACGUGGCGGAUUAUUACAGUUCUCAAAAGUGGUUACUCUCCGUUCGAGACAGGCUGUAAUUGAGCACUUCCGAAAGCAGAUCACCAUGCGUAUCGAAACCCCCUCAUCCGCGGGUGAAGAUUCCGCAUCAGACCUCGACGCCAGCGCUGUCAAUGCCGAUGGAAAAAAAGUAGUCACACGAAUUAGUGGAGGAAAGGAGCAAUUUUCUCCGGCUGUGUCUCCUGCUGGUGGCGUGGGAGCAGCAGCUAGUGGCGGCAAAGAGAACCAAGUAGCAUCUUCUGUGCCUCCUGGUGGGCCAGGAACUGAUGCCGGUGCUGCAACCACUGCAUCGCCCAAAAGUAGUCCUCCUCCUCCUCCUCGACCUAUUGCUCGUCCUCCGGCGCCCAUUGGAGAUCAGCAGCCGUCGGACGAGGCUGGUUCCUCCGCCAGUAGCUCUAGUAGCACGUUACUUGUUGCUAAGGCAGAAGAGGCUGGUAAUGCAGCUAAUGCGAAGGAGAACAACCCGUCUACUUCAAAUGGCAAUCUAUCCUCAUAUUCUCCUGCAAGCAGAAACAAGAAUGCUGAUGCUCCUUCUGCAGCUGCCGCGAACACAACAACAACGACCACAGGAGCCACUGCCGUAGCAAACAGACCAUCUUCAACUACCGCAAAAUCUUCAUCCUCGACGAGUAAAGAUGGAGUUUUGCUGGCUUUUGUUUUCUCCUUGCUUGUCACUCGUGGGCUGGACAACGUCCGAAACGACAUGGAUGACAGUGAGCAGUCGUUGGUCGCAAGAUUCGGCCACUGCUCUCAGGAACUGGUUAAUCUGAUGCUGCAAGGAGAAGCCACGACGAACGUAUUCGAUGGCACGCAGCAGAUUGGGACUUAAGGCUAGCGAGUGACAAAAACUAGCCUUGGAUAGUAGUUGGUUGUAUCUGUAUCUGUCUCAACAAAAUGUUGAUUCAGCACAGGCUCCGCAUCAGCAAGUACUAGCUUGGGCUUGGCUGUGUAGUUUGAAUUCUAGAAUUUUAUAGGCCGCUCCUGCGUGGUUAUUCUUGGUAUUGGCUUGAAUGGUUCUGGUGAUUGGUAACCUGAUUUCGAUCAUAAGGAGAACAAGAAGGGAAUCACCUUGUGAUCAAAAACAAUACAUUUACAUGCACAUCAUGGCUCUUACUUCUAAUUCCUCCCAGCAGAAGGCGGUCUGCAGCUACGAGGAGUUCUCAAAGAGGUGCCCGUAGGUUACCUCUCCGAAUUGGAAGCCAUGCGCCACUGUGAAGUGGGAAACCGUUACAAAUACCCUUCCCACCCUCUGUGGAUGCUUGCCAGUCCAGACCACUUCACCAUACUCUUUGGGCAGAAGAUGGAGGUACUUUUUUUUUAUCUCGGAAUUAAAUAGUUGUAAAAAGGACUGCAUGUUGUAGUCCCAGAUCCAGCUUAGCUGCUUCGUCGAGUACUUAAAAGUAUAGUAGACAGUGGUAAUUCAUCUAAUUUACUCUCAGUCAAUGUCAAUGUCAAUCACAAAACUACCCAUAAAAACCUACUAAUUUUUACUCCUACAAUUUCAUCAAACUACCCAUAAAAAUCCUACAGUAUUCCGCAAAAAGUCGGUAUGAGCAAGUGAAGCAAGACACCGAAAAAAGCUUCUAUGCCAAUGCCAUCGACACUGAAAGCGGUCUCGCCAUGGUGGAAAAACUCACCGAUAUCAUACAGGGUCUGACGUCUUUUCUUAUGAUGAAGUCAUUGAAAUUGAAUAAGAAAACGAUAAUUGAUUGUACUGUACAUCUCACUCAUCAUGCAGUAGAACAACAACAAACACUAUCUUUUUUAGAAGUCAUGAGGACUCUGACUGAUAUCUGUGGCACAACCUGCAAGUCUCUGUCUCCUAGUAUUUGCCUUGUUAUUACAGAGACCCCAAUCCGAAUCCGAAACAAGCACCUUAUCUUCCUCUAAGGCCCUCUCCCCCGAGCAGCAAAGCGAAUUGUACGCUUCCCUAACCGAGCAGGCAGAUACUGUAAUCCUGUGGAAUGACUUCUGGAACGAAGUGCAAAUGCGCGCUUUGAAGCCUGAAGACAUUGCUGCGGAGUCCUCGGGAGGCGCAAUGGGCAAGAUCGAUCUGUGGCACUACGAUGGCCAGGAACCACCGGGAGCUGUGUUGUUAAAGAUGAAUGGACAAUGAAUGCAUUUGGAAUUGGAUUUCUUGUGGUUGUGGAUAUGUUUACGUGGCGUAGUCUUGUCGAUGAGACAAGGAGUAGGAGGAUAAAAGUUGUCAUCUCAUUGUUAGUAUAUAUUGCUAUUCCCUGCAGCUGCAGACGUACUCGGAGUCGUACCUCCGUCCGCGACCUUUUAUUUAUCUUUCUCGAAAAAAAAAAUGUAUUUACUAUCCACAACUCGCAUUCGCACCAACGCUUGCGGACGUGCCUCUCGUCAAUUCUUCUUCCUGCUCUAAUCUCUCGUCGCAUCCAGUUGGAGCCCUGUGAUUUGCCUCCAUCCGUCGGUGGGCAGGAUGGCGACGCUCACGGUUUGAUCAGCGCGCUGCGGACAAGAUGGAAGAAUGCGCUAUUUCACCUUGAGAUGUAGCGUACACGAAGGUGAGAAAUGUAGUCGUGACGCGUACAUGAUGAGGAGCAGUAGGAGAAGACCGUCAUUUCCAUAACUACGUAGACGAUGACAUGGUGACGCGCACAGGAUGAGGAGUGUAAGGACGCGCACAGGAUGAGGAGUGCAGUGAUGCGCACAGGAUGAGGAGUGCAAUGAUGCGUACACGAUGAGGAGUGUAAUGACGCGCACAGGAUGAGGAAUGUAAUGACGCGCACAGGAUGAGGAGAAGAACUUCCUUUCCAUAACGUAGAGGAAAACCUCGUCUCUUGUAGUUCUUGUCGCAUUUUUUGAUGAGUUAGAAAUAAAAUGAUUCUAUUUCUAAACUCCGAUGAAGUGAUCCUGCGGCUAGUAGAUCGCUUUGUUGUACUGGAUAAAUGAUCGUCCUGGCCUCAUGCAGAGCGACAUGUGUUGCAUGACUAUGCGAACGUCACUCUCGACUUAUAUUACCGCUGUUCUUUUUGUAUUUGCUACGAUCGCGACCAUUGUGAUCAUUCAAGCGACCUACCUGAACUCGCCGAAGGAGAACGUAUGCUGCUGCACUUUUAGUUCUUCUACAGACGUUCUGGAGCCAUGGCCGCCCCUGCAAGUCGCACGCCAGAAAAUGCAUUGGACACCUUGCGUACUGCAGAUUAUCGUGUCAUUUUGACCACGAGGACUACGUUAUUUUGACCACAUUGGACUUGCGCAUCGACGUUAUAAUUUGACAUUAUAAGUGCAACAUAACACCGACAGACAGCAU